AAGAUUUGAAGUUUGAGUUUUUGACAUGUUGUACAAGUUGAAUAAAUUAUUUAUUUUUGAUGUUUUAUGAAAAUUUUACACUACAAUGAAGAAAUUAGAUCCGUAUUCAUUAAUAGUUUUAUUAUUUAUAUUUUUUUAUUCUAUUCAAGCCAAAAAAUUAUGUAUUUUGAAUGAUGUUAGUGGCGAUACAGGUUGUACAGAAUUUGAGACAUGUACUCAAGUGAAUGUCACCUCUGAUCAUGGUAUUUGUGAUUGCAAGACUGAUUAUCAACGUUCACCAAUUAAUAAUACAUGCAUUUAUAUAAAUCCUGAAGAGAGUGCUUUAAAAUCAGACGAUGAAACAACGUCAUCACCCAACAUGGAUGCUAACAGCGAUCCAUCGAAUACAUUAACGAUUAUAGUUUUAACAUUAUUAAUAUUCAUAUUUGCAUUUGUAAUUGUGUUUGGUACAUAUAUUGCUGAAAGAAAGUAUCGUUUUAUUACAAAAAUACGUUCACAAUUGUAUAAUCGAACAACGACCAAUUAUGAUGAUGUUAUGAUUGGCCAGGAUGAUGACGACGAUGAUGAUCCUCCAUUAGCGUAAAACAAGAGUCUGCUAAUUGGUAAUUAACUCGUACAAAAGGGUCCCCAGUAUAUACAGAGUAUCUUUUUUAAGUUGACAUAUGCUAGAAAAACUUUUAUCGAUAAAAAUCCUUCAAGCGAAAAAUGUUGGUCGUGUUUCCAAGCUCAAUGAAAAGCUCACUCUAAU